AUGACGAAGAAAGAUCUUAAAAUCCUUGCCCGUAAAGAGAAGAAAAAUCGACAAAGGGAGAUGAACGAAGACCAACCAACGCCGGAACGUCAACCACAACCCCAAGAGAACCCCAUAGACCCCCAAAGCCCCGAUAGCGAUGAGCAUGAUUCAGGCAUCGGAGACUGCGAAAGCGAUCGAUCUUCCAUCUCAGCGCUAGAAACUCAAAAUAGUACAGAAACACUCGUCCAAAACAAUGCCCACAACGAUCCUCAUUCUCGAUCGACUUCUACGACAUCUGCAAACCCUGGUGUUGACCAGCAGUCUGUAUUGAACCCAAUCGCACCUCCACGAGCAGGAAGUGGAGCAGAAGUUCGAGAUCUCAGAGAUACACUGAUAGAUGGUGAAGAUGUGAGCGGACAAAAUGAGUUGGGGUAUUCUCAAAAUGGAAGCAUGACUCAGGACCGAGCAAUGGGAUAUGCAGAGAGAUCUGAGGGACAGCAUGAGUCUGAGGACCUUCAACAUGAAGACCUGGCUUAG